AGGUAACUGAAUAGGCGAGCGAAGUAUGGCGUCAACAACAAAGAGAGAGGAGCCACAAAAGUUAUCAAUUCAAGGACUUUCUCUACCAAAACCUGAAGAAAAAUUAUUUGAGGACAGGUUUGGAUCUUUUGUUGGAUCUGAGGAUGAAUCCGAUACAAUUCAGCAUUCUUUGAUCCAGCAAAUAGUCAACAUGAACUUGGGACUCGAAAAACAAAUAGAAACAUUGCGUUUAAGACUAGACUUUGGAAGAAAGCAUCACCAUGCUGCAAAUGAAUCUGAAAAACUGUCUAUGGAAUCCGAAAUUAAAGUAAAGACAAUCAAAAUUGAUAGUCUGAAAACAGAGCUGAAUAACAAGGAAUGUUCUUUGUCAAAGUUAGAAGAAGACACUGAUGACAAACGGAGUAAGCUGGCUGAAAUUCAGACUCAGAUUAGCGAAAUGAAGCAGAAUGUCGAUGCUGCAACCACGUGGUUAACGGAAAUUCAGAAAGAAAUAGUUAACCUGGAAUCCGAAAACAGACAGUUGGUGUCCGGUGAAGCUUUUGAGAAAGCACAAAAAGACAUUAUCACUUUAAAAAACGAAAUUUAUACUUUUCAACAAAAUAUAAAAGUAAUGUCGAAAGAACUAAAUCGGGCGCGAGAAGUUGUUGUUUCCCAAGGAAACAGUAUGAAAAUUCUUGAAACAGACAAACUUAAUAUACAGGUUAAAUUCAAAGAAGAUUUACAACGAAUAACAAUGUCUGUAAGAUUUGAGAUAGAGCGCAUGCGUGAUAUUAUGCAAAACCAGUGGAGUGAGAUGAAAUAUCUCCGAGAGCAAAAUCAUACUGUGCGACAAGAUGUAAAGGAAAUCAAACAUUUGUUGACACUUGCGCAAGCUCAACCAGAUUCUAGUCGUCUUGCAAAGAGACAACCUGAAUCAACUUUGUCAUCUUUUCCACCAAGUCGAAAUCCAACCCGAAAACCAUCUCAUCCUCCGUUGCCGGCAUUGUCGCCAAAACGAACAAUCGUUCAUAGAAAAUGAUUUUUUCGUCAAAUAUAAUUGACUGCUGUUAAAGUCCUCUUUUAAGUACAUCACUUGGCAUUUGGUAGUAUAAUACGACUGAAACAACUCGGGUAACUGAGUUCUAAGAAUAGCUUUUUACUUUCCUUGUUUCGAGUUUGUAACAAAUACGCGAACCCUAGAAUUUCAUUUGAUGAUAAAAAUUUAACAUGUCAGAAAUAUUACUUUUGUAGUUUGAAUUAAGACAUUUUAAGAGUAGAUUGCAGUCAAGUCAAUUUGGUAUACAUUUUUGCACAUGGAACGGCCAUUAUUACAGUCUUUCGAAGUUAAAAUAUGUAUCCGAUUAUAUAUAUUGACGUAGCUCAAUUGAAAUGCUCAGAUUUUAAAUAAAUACCGAGA